AAAAAAAAGAAAAGGGAAUAGAAACUGAGAAAGAGAUUUACGAGUUUACGAUACAGAUACGGUCCCAUCCCUGUCUUUCCCUUUUCUUUGUCUUCUCAAGUUUCUCUCUCUUCGCGCUUUCUCUCUCUUCUCUACGCUCCAAUCUCACUUCCUUCCUUCGAUCUCUUCCCAACAACGAUUUACUUCGAAAUCGGAAGCACAAUGGUUCAAACUCAAAGCCCAAACUCGCUGCCGUGUGACUCAGCGCCGACUCUCCGAUGAUCAUGGAGCUCCCCGAUUCCACCGGCGGCGACCGCAACCUUAACGCGCCGCCGCCGCAGCCACAGCACAAUAACCACCACCAGGACGCUCGCUCAGGCCUCGGAAUCGACCUUAACGAGAUCCCUUCGCCUUCCUCCUUGUUCGCCGAAACCCUACCGGACUCCGUCACCGACGUCGUCCGCACUUAUCACGAGAACCCCGGGCCGCCGCCGGGAGCCCCCGCUGCCCUCCCUAGCGGUGGUCUCGCUCCUUGCGCUGCCUGCUCCAAGCCCUGCCCCGCCGCCGCCGGGAGCCACCACCACCUCGUCGUGUGCGACGGCUGCGAGCGCGGCUUCCACCUCGCCUGCGCUGGAAUUCGCGGCGGAGGACGCCAGGCCGCGAGCCUGGAGGAGUGGGUCUGCGGCGAGUGCGUCGCCUCUGGAGUGAAGAGCAAGCGGUGGCCGUUGGGAGUGAAGCAGCUUCUCGAUAUCAACGCUCCGCCACCGAGCGAAGCCGAAGCCGAAGGCGUCGGCGACGGAGACGUACAUGAUUUGAGAAAGCACACUCGCGGUGAUAAUUAUUUUGGUGCCAGUCCAUUUGGUGCCCCUGUGACAUAUUCAAACUUUUACAAUGGAAAUGCUACUGGCUUCCAAAAGGCUUCUGGAGGUUUGACACAGGCUGAUAGAGUGGGUUUUGAGGAUAUAUUGAAUCAUACUCAAUCGAUUACUAGAAAAUUUGAGGAGGCUCUUAAAGAUUUUAUAUCUGAACGGCGUGGUGUACUAGAGGAAGGUUGGCGAGUGGAAUUUAGACAAUCAGUUAGCAGCUCUGAACUAUAUGCAGUUUACUGUGCACCCGAUGGAAAGAUAUUUGAUUCUGUGUAUGAAGUAGCUUGUUAUUUGGGGCUAAUGUCUGGCUUCAAUGCCGUUGAAUCUGAAAUAAGACAUGAGAGGUCUCUUGUGUCUUUAAGUGGUUCUCUAUCUAGGAAAAAAAAGUCAACAAGAUCUCCCGUAGUGAAUGGUUUCGUGGAAAAACGGGGAACCAUGAUGAAUAGUAAUUGUAAGGAUCCUUCUUCUGAAGGUUUAAAUGUGGAAUGUGCUAGUACUAGGGGGAAUAUCGCAAAACCCUAUGAAAGUGGAAGAAAAGAGGAUGGACAGUCCUUCCCUCAGCAAUUUGAGAAUGAACUCCCUCUACAGUUCAAGGACUUCUUUGUUCUCUCAUUGGGGAAAGUUGAUGUGAGACCAUCGUAUUACGAUGUUAAUCUUAUCUGUCCUGUAGGUUAUAAAUCUUGUUGGCAUGACAAGAUUACUGGUUCUCUUUUUACAUGUGAAGUUUUGGAGGGUGGUGAUUCUGGACCUAUAUUUAGGAUCCGAAGGUGUUCCUGUUCCGAAUUUCCUGUUCCAGUUGGGUCAACCAUCCUUUCAUUGUCAAAAUGUUGUCAACUUGCAAGUCAAGCUGAUGAAGGCAAUGGAAAAACUAAUGGUAGUAUGGAUUUGGAUGAUGGUGAUAAUAUCCAGAUGAUGCUUCAAGACCCUUGUGUACCAACUGAAAAUGAUGUCCUAAGUUGCUCUGCAAACUUCUCAAUUAAGGAUACUCAUACACCAGAUGCAUUAGGCCCUGCGACUGGUUCAGUUCAAGAUAAUGCUAUACAUUCUUUACCUGAUGAGUUUAAUGAUGGAAUUGGUGAAUUUUGUGUGGAAGAGCGGUCAUCGUGCUCUGCAUGGAGAGUUAUUUCUCAGAAGUUAGUUGAUGCUUGCAAGGAUUUGUGCAAACAGAAAGGAACACUCAAGUUCUAUUGUAACCAUGUUAAGAAUGAAACAUGCUUACAUCAAUGGGAUUUAGGGAAUGUAAAAAGUGAUGAAUUGGAUAAAUUUUGUGGUUCCCUCGGUUCAGUUGGCAUCCCAGAUGUAAUUUAUGCAGACAGUGAUCUGGAAGGUAUCUCUGAGGCUUUGAGAAAAUGGUUGGAGCAGGAUAGGUUUGGAUUGGAUGUUGAAUUUGUUCAAGAAGUAUUGGAACAGCUUCCUGGUGUUGAAUCUUUGCAGUAUGAACUUUUAAAUUGUAGAGAUAACAGCUCGUCAUUGCCAACAGUAGAAAAUGGUUUCUUAGUGGUUGAAUGGAGAGAGGGGUCAAAACAUCAGGAAGAAGCACUUCAAGGUUUAUACAGGAGGUCUAAAAAGGCAAGUUUGACUAAAAAAAGCUUUAAGGAAGGUCGUCGUCCACCACUUGGGAAGCCAUUAUGCUCCAGGGCUCCGGGUGAGCUCAUUGGUGACAUUUUUCAGGCUUGGGAACUUUUAGAGCGAUUUAAUGAAGUUCUGGACUUGCAAGAACCAUUGUCAUUAGAUGAGCUUGAGAAGGAACUGAUUAGCCCUUGGUUUGAUGGAUUGGAUUUUCUUGAGAAAUCGGAGAGGGACAUGGAUUUAAUUUCCGAAGGAACUGAUGGUAAUUGCAGACCAUUAUUGUCCCUAGGAGGUGAUACUGGUCCAUCAGGUUCCAUGGAAGGUUCUCAUGCAUUUAUUCAAAUGGAAACUGAAGCAAUGAAGGAGGCUGCUCAAGUUAAGCUCGCAUCUUUCACUUACGCCAGAUGCUUUGGUGUAACUUUGACCAAGGCUCAUAAUUCACUGCUGAGGGUGCUAAUAGGUGAAUUGCUAUCAAGGGUGGCUGUCCUGGUGGAUCCAAAUUCUGAACCUGGAGAAACACGAACAAGACGGGGAAGAAAGAAAGAUAUGGAUAGUGGUCUUCCUGCUAAACGAACCAAACUGAACAUGCUUCCUAUUAAUGAGUUGACUUGGCCAGAAUUAGCUCGGAGAUAUAUCUUGGCUUUUUUAACAAUGGAUGGCAACCUUGAAUCUGCAGAAAUUACUGCCCGCGAAAGUGGUAAAGUAUUUCGCUGCUUACGAGGUGAUGGUGGUUUGCUGUGUGGUGCUCUUACUGGUGUGGCGGGAAUGGAAGCAGAUGCACAGCUGCUUGCAGAGGCUACAAAGAAAAUUUUUGGUUCUUUGAACAGACAAAGUGAUGUACUAACUAUGGAAGAAGAAGAGUCUGAUGCAAAGGGUGCUUCUGAGAAAAAUUUGGCAAAUGAUGGUAAUGUUCCUGAAUGGGCUCAAAUGCUAGAACCUGUCAGAAAGCUACCAACAAAUGUAGGCACUCGAAUAAGAAAGUGUGUUUAUGAUGCUCUCAGUAAGGAUCCACCCGAAUGGGCAAGGAAAAAAUUGGAACAUUCAAUCAGUAAGGAAGUGUACAAGGGCAAUGCUUCUGGACCAACAAAGAAAGCAGUUCUUUCAGUGUUGGCUGAUGUUGCUGGUGAAGGAGGGCAAUCAAAUCCCAGUAAAGGGCAGAAAAGGAAGAUUGUUAUAUCAAUUUCUGACAUUAUGAUGAAACGAUGUCGCAUUGUAUUGCGGCGUGCUGCUGCUGCCGAUGAUUCAAAGGUUUUUUGCAAUUUGCUGGGAAGAAAAUUGAUAAAUUCUUCCGAUAAUGAUGAUGAGGGGCUUCUUGGAUCUCCAGCCAUGGUGGCCCGCCCUCUUGACUUCCGCACUAUUGACCUUAGACUAGCUGCCGGAGCUUAUGGUGGAUCUCAUGACGCUUUUCUUGAGGAUGUACGGGAGCUGUGGAACAAUGUUCGUGUUGCUUUUGGGGAUCAACCUGAUUUACUCGAGUUGGCUGAAAAAUUAUCCCAAAACUUUGAAUCAUUAUAUAAUGAGGAGGUUGUCAUGAAUAUGCAAAAACUGAUGGAGUAUGCUAAGCUGGAAUGCUUAACUGCAGAAAUGAGAAAGGAAGUUGAUGAUUUUAUUGAGUCAAUGAAAGAGACUCCAAAGGCCCCUUGGGAUGAGGGAGUCUGUAAAGUAUGUGGCAUUGAUAGGGAUGAUGAUAGUGUUUUACUAUGUGAUACUUGUGAUGCUGAGUAUCAUACAUAUUGCUUAAACCCUCCCCUCGCAAGGAUCCCAGAGGGAAACUGGUACUGUCCUUCCUGUGUUGAUGGUAAACAUGCAACUCAAGAUGUUACAGAACGUACACAGGUUAUUGGCAAACGCCGAAGUAAAAAAUUCCAGGGUGAAGUUAAUUCUCUUUACUUGGAAUCCCUUACUCAUUUGUCAGCUGUAAUUGAAGAAAAAGAAUACUGGGAGCACAGCUUGGCCGAGAGAACUUUCCUUCUCAAAUUUUUAUGUGAUGAGUUGCUUAACUCUUCCAUGAUACGCCAGCACCUUGAGCAAUGUGCAGAGUUGUCUGCUGAGUUACAUCAGAAAUUGCGUGCACAUUCUGUAGAGUGGAAAAACCUGAAAACCAGAGAGGACGUUUUGUCCACAAAAGCAGCUAAAAUUGAUACUUUCUCAUUAAAUACUUCUGGAGAAGUUGGUCUUAGGGAAGGGGUUACUACUUCAUUUUCAAAUACUGCUAAAUGUCUGGUCCAGCCACAUACUGCAGUUGACAAUCCUAGUAAUUUUGGGGUAUUUGAUGAUAGUCUGCCUUCAGAAGAGACAACUAAAGAAAAGUAUAGGUUUGAUAGUGUAGAUAAAAGCAUAUCUGUGACAAAUUCAGAUUCCGAUAGCCAAAAUUUGAAUUCCUUAGAUGUAGAGGGACAAUUUAGAAAUGUCUCUGGUGGUGUGGAGUCUCAGUGUACUGAUAAAUCUCCCAAAUCUUUUCCAUCACCAAAUAUGUCUCAAGAAAUAAAUGGUUCUGUUGGAGCAGCUGAUGCCCAGGGUAACCACCAUAAAUGUGAGGGAAGGGACAUGUCUACACCUGUGACAUGCCAGCAAGGUGGGGUGCCAGUUGAUGCUUCACAUAUGGUUUUGAAUGAGUCAGAACCCUAUCACCUUGAGCUCAAUGCCAUCAAGCGUGAUAUUUCACUAUUGCAAGACUCCAUAACUAAUGUAGUAUCACAGCUGCUGAAGCUCUCUGUUCGCCGGGAAUUUUUGGGCAUUGAUUCCAUCGGUCGAUUGUAUUGGGCUUCAACUUUGCCUGGAGGACAUUCACGUAUAGUUGUUGAUGCAAGUGCUGCACUGCUUCAUGGAAAAGGAAUGUCGUUUAGCAGAGACUAUGUGGAGAAGUUUUCUGUUCUGCAGAAUUGUUCACUAACUGAGAAGGAUUCCUCUCCUUUCAUGUCUCAGCUUAGAAAUGCUUUGGUCAAUAGUGCACCAUGGAUUGCUUAUGAAACUGAUGCUGAAAUUGAAGAGCUCUUAGGUUGGCUGGACGAUAAUGACCCUAAAGAAAGGGAACUGAAAGAUUCCAUUAUGCAGGGGCCAAGAUCAAGAUUCCAAGAGUUCCUUAAUGCAAAGACCGAAGAGCAGGUUGAGGACCAGGGACCUGUUUCUAUUCCCAGAAAUAGAGAGAAAACAAUAUCUAACUCUCUUGUUACAAAGGCGACUUCCUUGCUGGAAAAGAAAUACGGUCCCUUCUUUGAAUGGGAUAUUGAGACGUGGAAGAAGCAAAAUAAAAAGUCCAGAACAACUAAUGAUGAAAAGUUGUUUAGGUGUGAGUGCCUUGAACCCAUAUGGCCCUAUAGGAGACACUGCACAUAUUGUCACAAAACUGUUUUGAGUGAUGUUGAAUUUGAUGGACACAACGAUGGAAAGUGUAAUGCAGGUCUUCCGGUUGCAGAGAAGAAUAGGAACAAAAUUGGAUCUUCUAAAGGAAAAGGGAACUUAACAUGUGAUGGCUCACGAGAGAAAUUCAGAGCUGAUGCAGAAACAUCUGGAACCAAAAUUGGUGGUGGUUCUAAGCUUAGCUCAAGAGUGAUUAAAUUUUCAAAUGAAGAAUCCACAUGCCCAUUUAAUUUUGAAGAUAUAUGUUCCAAGUUUGAGACAAGUGAUUCCAACAAGGAACUUGUCAAAGAAAUAGGUCUUAUUGGUUCAGAUGGUAUCCCUUCCUUUGUUCCUUCUGUAUCUCCUUUUGUUAGCGAGUAUGCACAAUUCUCAACUUCAAAGGAUGACAUUAUUGGUAUUUUGCCCAAACCAACGGAAAGCUGGGGUUCUCAGGGAAAUACUGAUGGAGCUGGUGCAUGUCUUGAUCAUAAUUCAGGAAUUUCUACUGGUAGGUUAGCUGUCAACGAAAGCAAUAAAUCCAUUAAAUCCUCCUCCUCGGGAGAACAAAGAGAUGGGAAAUUCUCUUUUUGUGGUCCUGUUUCAGAUAUGGGAGAUGGCUGCUGUGUGGUUCCUUUGUCGUCAUUGAAACCAUUAGUUGGAAAGGUUUCUCACAUCUUGAGGCAACUGAAGAUUAAUCUGCUUGAUAUGGAUGCUGCACUCCCGGCAUUUGCUCUGAGACCAUCAAAGGCCGAGUCUGACAGAAGACAGGCUUGGCGUGCAUUUGUGAAAUCUGCAGAGACUAUAUACGAGAUGAUUCAGGCGACAUUUUCCUUAGAAGAUAUGAUUAAGACGGAGUACUUGAGGAAUGACUGGUGGUACUGGUCAUCAUUCUCAGCUGCUGCGAAAUCUUCUACUUUGCCUUCCCUUGCCCUUCGCAUAUACUCUCUUGAUUUAGCCAUUAUAUACGAGAAAACGCCCAAUUCUAGUCUUACUGACAGCUCUGAACCUUCUGGCACAGCAGAGACGAGACCACCGAUGAAUGUGGAUGCAGAGAAAUCCAAAGGAAGCCGGAAGUCAAACAGGAAAAGGAAGGAAUCAGAUGGUUGAUCUUAUACUUGCAUUUCAGAAAAUCAGAUAUCUGGUCAGUCUUUUUUGAUGUGAUGUGAUCAUCCACUGGUACGACUGGUUCAUUGGGCAAACCUAAGGCUGUAAAUGGGGCAGCCACAGCUGCUGGUGUCUCUUGCCUGCUUGUACAUAUAGGUAAAGCUGACCUGCUAACUCGGAUGCCUUUUUUUGGCUAAGCAGAAUUUAUAACAUUAUCUGCUUUCAGUGAGGGCAACAGUACGAGGGAAUUGUAAGGAUGCGUCCAAUUUUGAAAUUAUAAUUCUGCUGCAGAUGUCCAGUUGGCUGCUCCAUAGCGAGAAGAACCAUUUUUCAUUUUUCUAGCAGAGUCUGAUCCAUAUAUGUAUACAAAUGGAAUUAUUGUAAAGGAAUAGGAGGAAAGUAGUAAAAAAGAAAAGGAUGGGAAAGAAAUCAGAAAAUGUUAAGUUGAGCAGUUGUAGGCAAUAUUUCAUUCUUUAUACUUUUUCUCACCCACCCCACCAAAGGUCCUGCACACGCAUGCCCUUGAUUUUGUUCCUGGGCAUCUGCAGAUGUGUUAGAAUGCUGGGGGAAUUAUUGGAAUCAAAGCUUUUUUUCCA